UGACAUAACCAGACAUAACGGAACAUAACGAAGAAUAUACCUAUUAUUAUAAUAUUUUUAUGGAAAAUGUACUAAACUAACCAUAUCAUACUUAAUAAUUAUCGACAAAAUUAAUAUUACAUUUUGCAUAUAGUUAGGUAAAAAAUCUUGUCGAGAAAAUGAACAUUCUGAAUGGCGCUUACUUUUCAAAAUGUAGCCAAAGAGUUUGGAAAAAUUCCUGCUGCUUAGACUCUCUUGUAAAAACGCAGUAUUUUUUAAAGAACUAUAAAGAAGACAAAGUUUUUGCACAGCCGAUGAUUGGUCAGCGAUUGAAAUCUCAAUGUUUCAACAUAAUAUCAAGAAAACCUUUCGAUUUAGUGUUAUGGACACAAAUUCGAUAUCAACAGGGAUAUCCAAAACUGCAUCGCGAUAUCGAGCAUCCCAACUUUGACUACUAUAGGAAGGACAAAUAUAAAGAUCUGAAAAGUACAAAUUGGCAUUCUGGGGAUGAUAAAAAGGGCUACACAAGUUUGAUUGGUUUUGUUGGCCUACUGUGCGGAAUGUAUGGCGCUAAAUCCGAAUUAACACAUUUUUUGACAUCUAUGGGCGCAGCUGCAGAUGUUCGUGCUCUAGCUUCGAUUGAAGUGGAUAUAGCAAAUGUGGCUCCGGGAGCAUGUGUUUCGUACAAAUGGCGUGGCAAGCCCCUUUUUGUUAAGCAUAGAACGCCCGCUGAAAUAUCAGCAGAGGCGAGCACUCCCCUGUCAUCACUUAGGCACCCCGAGACACCGGAACAGCGUACAACAAAACCGGAAUGGCUUAUUGUUAUUGGAAUUUGUACACACUUGGGUUGUGUCCCUGUGCCCAACUCAGGUGAUUGGGCUGGAGGAUUUUAUUGCCCUUGCCAUGGCAGCCAUUAUGAUAACGUCGGAAGAACGCGGAAAGGGCCGGCUCCGCUCAAUUUAGAAGUCCCACCUCAUAAGUUUCUUUCUGAGAAUCUUGUUUUAGUAGGUUAGGCGUAACUACUAAUCCUUCAAAGAUUCAAAUAUUUUUCUUAGGAUAUACCAUAAAUCUCCUAAUUAAUUAAAAUAUUUUUUAA